CCGGCCCCUUCCCCGGCGGCGCGAUGGUGCGCAAGCUGAAGUUCCACGAGCAGAAGCUGCUCAAGAAGCUCGACCUGGUGAACUGGGAGGCGGCCUCGGGCAACCUAGCCGAGCUGCGCGUCCUGCGCCGCUACCGCCUGGCGCGCCGGGAGGACUACACGCGCUACAACCAGCUCAGCCGGGCCGUGCGGGAGCUGGCGCGCCGCAUCCGGGACCUGGGCGAGGCGCCCGAGUCGGCGGCGUUCCGGGCGCGCUGCACGGCCGCCCUGCUGGAGAAGCUCCACGCCCUGGGCCUGGUGGCCUCCAAGCGCUCCCUGGAGCAGUGCGAGCGCGUCUCGGCCUCGUCCUUCUGCCGCCGCCGCCUGCCCUCGCUGCUCCUCAAGCUCCGCAUGGCGCAGCACAUGAAGGCCGCCGUCACCUUCGUCGAGCAAGGCCACGUGCGGGUGGGGCCCGAGGUGGUCACCGACCCGGCCUUCCUGGUCACCCGCGCCAUGGAGGACUUCGUCACUUGGACCGACUCGUCCCGCAUCCGCCAGCACGUGCUCGACUACAACCAGGAGCGGGACGACUUCGACUUGGCCUGCUAGGGACGCUCCGGAUCCGCCCCGGCUGGUUGAGCUUGGCUUGGAGCACCCCGAGCGCUGCCGGCGCCGGCCUUUUCGCCUUGGUUUGAUGCCCAUCGGCGGUCGCGUGGAGUGGAAGCGGCGCGUCUCUGCUGGAGGGAGCCGCACGCCCUGACCCCGGCAUCUUGCUGCUCUUUCCGGUGCUAAAGAAGGGCUCGUAGAUCCUAAUGCAAGGCGGGCUCCUGUUCCUUGUGGCUAGAUGGCACCACUUUCCUUACAAAACGAAGGCGUAAAGUCUGCUGUUUUAAUAUUCCAGUUUCCAGCCCUGCCUGUUACUGAGGUCCACCAGCGGGAGGCAGUGAACGAAGGUCAAGACAAAGAAAGGUUCUUAGAAAGGACAGGUUUUCCAAGAUGUCUCUGUGGUCUCCUUCGAGGAUUAACACCGCUGUGGUUUUCCCUCGCCUUGAAAUACAACUGGAUUAUGUAUAUAGUUGCAUCUCUCCUUUGAUCUUUGGUAUUUCCUUUUCAAAUAAAUCGCGGGCAGGCUAGACAGCCUGUGCAGGCAACAAA